CCCGUGCAGGAGUACUCUCCCCUUGAAUCAAGAUGUCUGCGCCCUUGAGCAAGAGUCGUGCUCUGGCAUGCCGAUUCUUAUCAUUCCGUAGUAUUUUAAAGAACAAUGGUAGUGGGGUCACAGUUUCCUGUCCGGCCUUCAUAGCAAGGGGACACAACUACUCCCUGAAAGGUUAUUCCAGCGGAACAUCGCCUACAUUACAGAAAGCUGCAGCUGCUGAGGCAUCUCAACUCCCUGAGGAUGUUGUUGAAGAUGUUGUUAAUGUUGAUGUGGCAGCCAAGAGUUUACAACACCACGACUAUUUUGGUGUGCGGGAGCUGGUGACAGUGAGUGACAUGUUCAAGGCGCGAGUACAUCUCGGACACAAGCAGGGGCUCAGAGAUCCGUACAUGGCACCCUACCUGUUCGGCAACCGCCUCGGUGUCGACAUCUUUGACCUUGACCAGACCUUGACCUUGUUUCAAGAUGCCCUCAACUUCACGGCCCACAUCGCCUACCGUGGUGGCAUCAUCCUGUUCCUGACUCGCCACAGACAGACGAUGCCGUGGGUGGAGCGCACGGCGGUGGAAGCGAAGGAGUAUUCUCACUGUAGGUUCUGGAAGGGAGGGACAUUCACAAACGCCGCCGUCCAGUUUGGUACGGUCACCCGGCUGCCCGAUCUCUGCAUCUUCCUCAAUACACAGAACAAUGCAUUUUUGCCUCAUGCUGCAAUUACGGACAGUGCCAAGCUUCUGAUCCCGACUGUGGGGAUAGUGGACUCGAACUGUGACCCCCGCCUCAUCACGUAUCCCGUCCCGGGUAACGAUGACACUCCAGUAUCAGUGGAGUACUACUGUAGUUUGUUCAAAAAGGCGAUACUGAUUGGCAAGAGGAAACGGAGGCAGGAUGGGUUGGGGAAGGACUAGAUUGGACACAGGAUUGGUUGGGAAAAAACUUGAUUGGAAACAGGAUGGGUUGGGGAAAGACAAGAUUGGACACAGGAUGAAUCGGGGAAAAACGAGAAUUGACACAGGAUGGGUUGGGGAAAGACGAGAAUGGACACAGGAUGGGUUGGGAAAAGACAAGAUUGGACACAAGAUGGGUUGGGAAAAGAUGAGAAUGGACACAGGAUGAAUUGGGGAAAGACUUGAUUGGACACAUGAUGAAUUGGGGAAAGACGAGAAUGGACACAGGUGAACAUAUAAAAAUGGCCAACAAAAAUGGUCUGGACUCAUGGAGAGAAAUGUUUCAUAUUUCAUUUUGAACAAGUCUAAACGACCUCGUACAAAAAAAAUCAUGUCAUUAUUAUAACAGCACUUAAUUCAUGCUAUAUGGAAAUGUGUUUGCAGUCUGUUCAGUUUGUUACCAUUGUCAUCAUUGGCAAUAGCCUGUACAUAAAUAGCAUAUAGUCGUGUGUACAAUUGUGCCGUAAUAAGAGUUUACUGUCAGUGCACAGAUUAAACUUGUGUAUCAAGAGAG